GCGCUUUGGUUUUACGACACUCCUACCACUUCUCCCGUUCACCGUGUCACCACAGCCUUUCGGCCUCACAACACUUGUCGCAUAUGCACCUCUGGAAUUUUACGCGGGUAUGUAUGUUUUCUAUUUAGAUCAUUGUUGACCAUGCCCAAUGCUGCAAAUUACCACAACCAUAUUUCCGUAAGGUUAAAGUCCGAGAAAGUGUUCGAGACUCCGCCGCCAACCAUGGAAAAAGCUGCGCCAUCCGUCCCGGAAACACCCGAAUCCAUGGACACGGAUGUGCCGCAACCCUCGCCUAGAGUGUUUGCAAACGCCGUUCCCAUUCGCGGCAGGAACGUCGCUAGAAGAGGCCGCAAUAGGCAACAAACAAGAAACGGGCGCGUGUGCUCCAUGGUCCGUGCUUCUUCCGAUCCCCGGGACCGUUCUGGUGCGCGUGUUCGUUUUUUCCUUCUCGUCGUCGUCGUCUACAUUACACAUGUAAAGCUACCCGGUAAUCACGUUCAAUUUUUACUGUUCACGGCAACGACAACCGCACACCAUUUGAACGUGGUGUGACGUUCAACGGAUUUGCUAGAAAUCUCGAGCCAGAAGCUGUCACGGGACAUUUGGUCGAAGACAACACUAUAUUAUACCAGGUCAGGUGGACCGAGCAUAGUACAUCUAGACCAAUCGA